AUGGAAAAUAUCGGAGAACAAGUUGUGUGCCUGAUAGUGUAUCACUUCCUCUUUGCAAUGUUUGUCUGGUCUUACUGGAAAACCAUCUUCACGUUGCCAAUGAAUCCUUCAAAAGAAUUCCAUUUGUCCUACGCAGAGAAGGAGCUCCUGGAACGAGAACCUCGAGGAGAGACCCAUCAGGAAAUCCUUAAGCGAGCAGCCAAAGAUCUUCCCAUCUACACGAGGACCAUGUCUGGAGGUAGACCUCUGUCACUUGGGUCUGGGGGAGAGGGGGCUUGCCUGUCCGUCCUAGGGGUCUGCGAGAUUUUCACCCCAUGUCUCUGUUGUUUUGUUGCCAGGGUGAACAAUUGUGUUGGAUUCUCAAAUUACAAAUUUUUCCUCCUUUUCUUGGCUUAUUCCCUCCUCUACUGCCUGUUUAUUGCCGCAACGGAUUUACAGUAUUUUAUCAAGUUUUGGACAAAUGGCCUUCCUGAUACCCAAGCCAAGUUCCACAUCAUGUUCUUAUUCUUUGCGGCCGCCAUGUUCUCUGUCAGUUUGUCUUCACUUUUUGGUUACCACUGUUGGCUGGUUAGCAAAAACAAGUCUACCUUAGAGGCUUUCAGAAGUCCUGUCUUUCGCCAUGGAACAGACAAGAAUGGCUUCAGCCUGGGGUUCAGCAAAAACCUGCGCCAAGUAUUUGGAGAUGAAAAAAAGUAUUGGCCAUUGCCUGUGUUCUCCAGCCUUGGCGAUGGGUGCUCCUUCCCCACUUGCCUCGUGAACCAGGACCUUGAGCAGCCCUCCGCUCCAGCUGGACUGACCCCAGCCAUCAAAAACAACCCUGAGAGCCUCGAAAGCCACCAGUUUCCUUCAAAACCAUUAAGGGAAUCCCAGAGCCACCUCCUUACCGACUCUCAGUCUUGGACAGAGAGCAGCACAAAUUCAGACAAGGGAAAAAUAGGUAUGAGCAAUCCUGGGCUGACCAUAGAAAAUGAAACCUAGAGAAGCUUCACACAAGGUUUGAGGUCAUGGAGCUGUGAUCACCAGAGGAGACUCUUCAGCAAGGAAGGACAUCCCAUGAUUGGCCCGUCGAUUCCAUUUACUCCUUGGGUAGACCUGCUCAGACAAAAGAGCAGAGACGAUUCCUUCUCUGUGUCAUUGCUUGAACAUAACAGAAAUUGCAGAAAUUUUUGUAAAAUGUAAAGAAUGUUUCCACUAACACAAAUCCCUGCUGAAUGCUAAGAGGUCAGUGGCAGGUUAUAAGCGGGGAGGACGGGGAAGCUUUCCUCCCUUCCUGGGGAAUCUUGGAGGGCAGAAUUCACUACAGAGUGACCUUUACCACCAGGGAUUCCGACAGCACAAGUUAUCAUCUAAAUAGCUAAUUCGGUCAGCUGAUUCUCAAGUCUGAAACACUUUCAUGCCAGGCCAUCCACUGAAGUCAGACUCCCACCAAAUCUGUCUUUAGGGAAGCAGAAAUCUGAGAGUGUGGGCUCCAGGCCUGGCCUCUGCCUCCUGUCCCCAGGGUGACCCUGACCUGGCCGGGUUUUCGAGCCUCUCUUUCCUCGUCUAUAAAAUGAGGAAAUUGGAGCAGCUGGCCCCUGAAGUCCGUCCCAGGGUCACCAGCGAUCCUGUGAUUCUCUGACCUAUGGCUAUGUGAGGAGGUAGAAGGAAGAGGUCAGACCCACCUGGGGGCAUCCUUGAGGAGGCGAGAAAUAGUUCCGCCUUCUGAGAGACGGGUGAAAUGGAAUCCUGCCUGCUAAUCAUCUCCAUCCUGUGCUCCAAAGGGCACAUCUGAAGGGGGAGAUGUGAGUCUCUAUGGUGGCCAAAGUCAACAGAAGACUAGCCAUCGUGCUGUGUCCUUUGUCACACUGGCAUGAGAAUUCCUUUCCCCGAUUUCAGGCUUCCUAGAAUUGACAAAAACAGCAAGAUUAGGUCACAAACUUCAAGAAAGUCCAGUGAAAGCCAACAGAGGAAUUGCGCCAUUCCAUCCUGUUUCUGAAUCCAUCUCUAACGUGUUUAUCCAGGCAGUACUGACCUAGGGAGAUGGUUGCACUUCUGUCAGAAUCUCUGGUGGGCCCAUGAUCCCGCAGGGGCGUUGACAGCCUCUUCCGUCUUAGCAAAAUGGUGGUGGAGAGGCGAUGGCCAUCCUCAAGCAUGGCUUAUGAUGGGGUGAUGCAGAAGCCCACAGAAAACCCGGUUUCGAGUCUGAGGUUGGGUUCAAAAUAAACCGAAGGGGUAUUUUUAACGAAGUAAUGUUGAAAUGUUCCGCCCUGCCCCCACCGAGAUACCCUCGUGCCUUUGUACGCACUAACUAUAGCCAGAAUAUUAAUUAGCGUAGCGUGUUCUAUUUUGAGGGGUGAGCCCAAGGAUUUUAUAUAAGCAUUAGGAUUUUACAAUGAUAGUUUUUAUUGCACUGAUCCCAGAAGUUGAUGUAGGAGCCCGUUACUAGGACCGGAGUCCAGUUAGCGAGGACGCGACGGCGGCGCUGCCGCUCUCCCGUGUUUGCUUAGGCAGAGACACAAUGCCGUCCAUAGAGAAGCAGGCAGGGCCAGGGAAACUAACUCCACCAAAGGGCCCCUUUUGGCUUUAUUCCUUCGGAACGAGAGCCGAUUCUUAAUGCCAACAGGGUGAGUGCAGAGAAGACGGCCCAGACCUCCUUCCUGCCCAAGCCCAUUUGUGCAGCCUUGCCUCCAGGUUUCCAGGAGGGAUUCUGGCCUGAGGGACGGCUUCCCUUCCGUAUCAUGUUCCUUUGCUCCGCUGCCCUACCUGGUUCCCUUUGUGAAAUCUUUUCUCGGCACCUGUCACGUCUUCAUUUCUAUUUUGGUGUCAAGGGUUUUGGUUUUGGUUUUUUUACAAAGAAUCACGGUCAUACUUGAGAUUUCUCCCUUUCGGCACCUGCUGCCUAUCGCGGGAACAGUGCUGUAAGGGUGUCACGGGGGUGAGAAUGCUGUAUUUGGUGGCGCCUGUUUGUCCAGGAGGUCACUGGGUGGCAGUUUUUGGAGGAUCGGGGUACUUGUCAAAGGGGAUGACCACUUUCUCCCCAUCCAACCUUUUUGCUGUCCUAUCGGGUUUCCCACUUAAGUGUUUUGCAUAACUGCUCAUUAUUAAAAGGAGACUUGACCAAGUUGA